GGUAGGAAAAGAUUAAAAUUAUUAAAAUAUCCUUGUGAAAGCAGAAAAUUGAAAGCAAAAUUGAAGGAAGCAAAAAAAAGUGAAGUAAAAUUGAAAAUCUGUGCAGAACCAAAAUCUGUGAAGUAAGCAAAAAAAGUGAAAAAAUUGAAGUGAAGUAAGCAAAAUCCGUGUAGAAAGAAAAUCCGUGAGCAAGGGCAGAAAGAAAAAAAGUUCCAGCCAAAGUGCCAAACAACAAAAACCCAGAAUAAAUUUCGACCCAGAAGAAAAAAAGGCUAGGUCUUUGAGCAUUCAUGGAGGAAACCCGGCAAAAAGCCCUUUUCAUGGUUGCAAUGUGGAAAAAAGGGAUCGGGAUUGCAUGCAAAAACAGAGGGGAGAAAUAAGAGGAUUAAAUACCUUCCGAUCUGGAGCAGAGUCGCCCAGAAACCAGAAUCAAACUACAGAACGACGCAAAGGCAGAACGAAAAAAAAUUGAAAAUUGAAGAGAAGAAAUCGGAAUACCUCGUCUUGUUGGAGAUGGCAAUCGGAAGACGAGGAUGGAGAUAUGAAGAUGGCGACUGGUUUUCUGGCAGUCACCUAAAUUCUACCUCCCCCUACCUCCAAACAAACACAGUGUAAGAGAAGCACGGAGAUGCCUAACCUGGGGAGAAGGAAGCUCGCCGGAUCUGUUUGGAAGCACCGUCAGUCGCUGGUUUUCAUAUCCUUCUAUUCUAUGCUAGGCGCCAUUAUUCUUAUGGGAAAUAAUCUGGUUUCAUCUCCGGAUCCGCCGGCGGCCGGCAGCUGUCCUGCAUCAUCAACGCCACCUUCUUCAUGGCAGCUGAUGAGAUUAUUCAUCGCCGGAUCAUACUCGUCCUCCGACGACGACGCAAAACCGACAACGUAUACAAAAAUACUCUUGGCGUCAUCCAUCGGAUUGUUCAUUGCGGCCGCCGCCGUGCAUUAUCGCCUCCAUAUCAUCUGCCGCCGCCCCGACCGGAAAAUCGUGCCGAGGUUAAAGCUUCUGCCGGAAUCCGGCCAGACCCUCAAGCCUGAAGGGUUUCCUCAAUAUGUAGCUAGGCAGAUGGGAUUUAGUGACAAGAGAGAGUGCCCAACUCUGUGCAAAUUAGCCUCAGAGUAUAUAAUAAAGGCAGAUGGCUGUGAGGAGGAAAUAUACAAUUUCUUUGCCAAUGAACCAGCUGCUGAUUCCCUGUUCAUUAAGCUUGUGGAGGAGUUUGAGAGGUUGAUUCUCAGCUAUUUUGCUUUCCAUUGGAGCCAGGCUUCCAAUAUGAUUAGCCAGGCAUUGGUAAGUGCUGACAAAUCUUCUGGGCCGAAAAAAAAGCUGAAAAAUUUUGUAAUGGAAGCAACAAGGGAACAGAGAUUUGAGAGAGUGACAAAGAACUUGAAGGUGGCAAGAGUGUUCAACACCUUAGUGGAGGAGAUGAAAGCCAUAGGGCUAGUGGCAGCAGAUGAUUCCAGGUGUACGGAUGUGAUGGUCCCUAUGGCCCACAAGGACAGAAGCCCUGUCCUCCUCUUCAUGGGUGGUGGCAUGGGUGCCGGCAAAAGCACUGUUCUCAAGGACAUCCUCAAAGAGCCAUUCUGGGUUGAAGCAAAGGGAAAUGCAGUUGUGAUAGAGGCAGAUGCCUUUAAAGAAUCAGAUGUCAUCUAUAAAGCCCUCAGUUCUAGGGGACAUCACCAUGACAUGCUUCAAACUGCUGAAUUGGUGCAUCAAUCGUCCACGGAUGCGGCUUCAUCUUUGCUAGUAACAGCGCUCAAUGAGGGGCGGGAUGUAAUCAUGGAUGGGACCCUCUCAUGGUUGCCAUUUGUGGUGCAGACGAUCACGAUGGCUCGGAAUAUUCACCGGCGACGGUACCGGAUGGGGCACGGUUACAGGGUCGAGGAAGAUGGGAGCGUGAGCGAGAACUACUGGGAGAUUGCUGAGGAACAAGAUCUAGUGGAUGGGAAUAGAAAACGAAGAGCUUAUAGGAUUGAGCUUGUUGGGGUUGUUUGUGAUGCUUAUUUGGCUGUCAUUCGAGGCAUAAGGAGAGCUAUAAUGAGCAGAAGAGCAGUGAGGGUGAAAUCACAGCUAAAAUCCCACAAGAGAUUUGCAAAUGCAUUCACAACAUAUUGCAACCUUGUUGAUGUUGCAAGACUCUACAGCACAAAUGACAUUGAAGGCCCUGCUAAGCUAAUAGGGUGGAAGGACAAAGACAAGACAUUGCUAGUGGAUCCAGAGGAGAUAAAGGUGUUGAAAGUAGUGGGGAGGUUAAAUGAGGAAGCAGAUUCCAUAUAUGAGCUUUACAAACAUCCUAAUCCAGCUUAUGAACCAGGCUCUGUUUGGAAGGACAUUGUCUUGUCCCCUUCCAGGUCCAACAUUCAAAAGGAACUCAGAUUCUCCAUUCACAAAAUUGAGACUUCUUCUUCUCCACCUCACCAUUAGUUAGGAUAUACAUGCCCUAUUCUUUUUCUUUUUUGUUCCUUUUUAAAUAUUCAUCAUGUUCAUAAUUUAUAGUGCAGUAGAUGCUUUAAAAUGAUCAAAUAAUGCCUAGUUAUAGGU